GCUGUGCGUGUUGGGCUUGGCUGACCGUUGGCCCCUCAGCCGACGCUCAAGCACAGCUCCCUCGCCGCCCCUCACCUCCUCUCCUCCCCGGCUCCGCGUGCCAACACCCCGGCUCCGUUGCCAACACCUUCUGAGCCGGGGAGGAGGGAACGGAGCCGGGGAGGAGGGGAGGAUCCCUCCCGCGUGACGCCCCGGGCCUCCUGCUCGCCCACAGCCGGCCCGCCCCAGGGGCGUGAAGAGGGGCGGGACUGCGGACUUCGGACUCUGGCCCCCAGGCCGCCUCCUGUCCCGCAGGAGCAGGCACCCUAGUCAGACUGUAAGGGAGCCAUGUCGGCGCUGCAGGGGCUCUGGCCCCAGGUCCAGGACACCUGCACCUCUCUGGGGUUUAUGUUGUCGAUCGUGCUGUUCAUGGGGCUGGGCCGCGUGAUUGCUCGGCAGCAGCUGCACAGGCCCCUGGUCCACGCCUUCGUCUUGGAGUUCCUAGCCACCUUCCAGCUCUGCUGCUGCACCCACGAGCUACAAUUGCUUAGCGCGCAGGACUCCACGCACCCCACCUGGACGCUGACGCUAAUCUACUUCUUCUCGUUGGUGCAUGGCCUGACUCUGGUGGGCACUUCCAGCAACCCUUGCGGCGUGAUGAUGCAGAUGAUGCUGGGGGGAAUGUCCCCGGAGAUGGGUGCAGUAAGGCUGUCGUCUCAGCUGGUUAGCGCUCUAUGCAGCAGGUACUGCAUAAGCGCCCUGUGGAACCUGGGUCUGACCAAGUAUCACUUCAGCGAGAGGAGCUUGGCUUGCAAGAAUCCCAUCAAUGCCGAUUUACCCAAAGCGAUCAUCACAGAGGCCAUCUGCUCCUUUAUCUUCCACAGCGCUCUGCUGCACUUCCAGGAGGUCCGAACCAAGCUCCGUAUCCACCUGCUGGCUGCACUCAUCACCUUUUUGGCCUAUGCAGGAGGAAGCCUAACAGGAGCAGUGUUCAAUCCAGCAUUGGCACUCUCACUUCAUUUCGUGUGUUUUGAUGAAGCUUUCUCUCAAUUUUUUAUAGUAUACUGGCUGGCUCCUUCUUUAGGUAUAUUGUUGAUGAUUUUAAUGUUCAGCUUUUUCCUUCCAUGGCUGCAUAACAAUACAAUUAAUAAAAAGGAAUAACUAUUCCAAAAGACUCAAACUAAGUUACAGGACGGUCAAGCUGGAUGUGCUAUACACUGGCCGCACUGGAUUCGUCAAUGUUUUAACUUCCUUUGAGGAAGCUGUCUUAAGUUUUCAUCAUUGGGACUUAAAAAAAAAUUACUGUGAAAAUGAGGUAUCCUGUAUGUCUCAGUUAAGACUUGUUCUUUUGAGUGAUGUGUUAAAUGCUGCUAGAAAAGACUCAUUCAUUAAACCUCACAUAAAUCUCAAAUGAUAAUUAUUAACUUUGAGGAAAAUCAAAUGAGCACAAGGUUGAGAAGGGGAGAGAAAGUGAUGGAAGGCUGAAAGAAACUGUAUAUGGGGUGUUGCCUGAAUGAAUUGGAUUACUUAACCAAAGUACAAGUCUAGCUUACAGAACUGAAGAGAACUGGAUAGAAGAUACUUUCCAGAGACUACCUCACACACUGAAACCAUCAGCGGUGUCAUCUUUCAAUAGGAAAAUUGCUUUUUGAAGAGUAUAUAUCCCCUCAUUCUCAAGGGGUUUCCUAAAUUUUAAAUAUAUUCUAAUUUCUAAAAUUUUUCUCUAAGUAGAUAAUCACUAGCUUCAGGCAAGUUGUAUAACAGAAUUAAAAACUCAUAGGAAGCCGAGAUUAAACCUAUCUACCUUUUAAUGUACCUUACACCUACCAGGUGAAGUAGGUACAUGUAUUUUUAAUCUUUAUUUUACAGAUAAGGAAACUAAACCUAGAUGGGUCUGUCGUUUACUGCUUCAACCCAAAAACUCCUCUCGGCCAUCGUUGUGAUCUAAGGAAAAUAGAGUUUUGAAGAUUUGUUAAAUUUUUAAUUAUUAUUUUAUUUUUAUUUAUUUACUUUGUUUGCAGUGCUGGGGAUUGAACCCAGGGCCUUGUGCUUUCGAGGCAAGCACUCUACCAACUGAGCUAUAUCCCCAGUCCCAUUAAAUUUUUUAUAAUAAUAUUAAAUAAAGGAAUUAAUUAGUAUUUUUGAGGUUUAAAGAACCUUCAACUUUUCUCUAUUGUCUUAUUGUCUGAGGUUGAAUUUUCAUUAAAAGUUCAGAUCAUAAAAGGUUAGUGUUUCUCUCCAAAGGCGAUUCUAUUAUCAGUUAGAAUUGAAAGUAAAAAAUAUAUAAAUAUAUGUGGUGAGAUGACUGAGCAAUAAUCAAGUAACAAGCAAAUGGUAAGUCGCCAGGUAAUUAAAGCCUGUUGGUGCUCCGCCUGUAGUCAAUCGCUUUACUUACAACUGUCGACUGAGCAGUGGCAGCUUGUUGUUAAGUCCACCUAACAGGCAGCUGGUUUGAAGAUCAGUUUGUCUCUUUAACUUACAAAAAAAAUACCAUAGUAGUACUUUAAAAAGCAGAGGUCAUAAAGUUGUGACUGAAUAGGUAAAGGUUUCACUUAUUUGUUUUACUGGGUCUGCUCAGUACUUAAAAUAGUGUCAAUAUUUUAAGUCUUUUCACACAAAAAUCCAUAGUUUCAGCUUCUUUUGCAAAAAAAAAAACCAAAACAAAACAGAGUAUCUUACAAUAUUAGGCCUGAAUUCUGCCAUGGCAACACCACUAAGUAACUGUUCUUCCCUUUAACAGUUGUCUUCCAAACAUGAAGCUGUGUCACUGUUUCAUGGCUAUUUCUCUUAUAGAAAUAGUUUUUUAUUCAUGUUGCUUACAUGAAUAUUAUGGUUUAAGAAAAAUGAGUAUUAAUUUGUGAAAAUAGCCCUCUGAACUUCACAUCAGACUAAAUUUGUGACUUCUGAUACCCCUGCUUCCUCUGCAAUCUUCUCAAAUGGUGGCCACUUCCCAACACUCUCACACCACUGCCUGGGGGUGGAAUAAACCUAUUCCUUGUCCUACUGCUACUUUUUCAUUCUCCUCUACUUCCUACCUUAAAAACAGGGCAUCAACUACCUGGGUACUAGUUGCAGUUAAGUAUUGUAUAGUUCCCUCAAGUCCCCCUUGUUCCUAAGGUCUGAGUUCCUGUCAUUCUUUUUCUAUAACACUACUCCAGUUAUAUUUCUUGGUAAUUAAUACCACAGAAAUGAUCCUUUUCAAUGUCUUGGCCCCAGUUUGUUGGCUUGCUCUCCUUUGAUAAUCUUGGCUUUUACUUUGCCUUAGCUAUAACUUAUAGCUAAAGGUUCAUCAUAAUAGGUAAAAAAUUUCUGAUCUCAAACACCCCACUUUCCGACUGUAACUCCUUUCCAGCUCACUCACUCUAGUACGCAUCUCCAGUGAUCCCCUGACUGCCACAGGGAACUUCUGCCCACUGACAACUUUUCACGUUUAUUAUCCUUCCCAAAUACCAUCUUCUACUUAAGCAACUUAAAUUAUGGCUGAUCAUCACAAUCAUGCUUGCAUAUACCUGUAAAUCCCUUUCCUCAUCUCUUCACCAUACCCAUAAAACUUAACCGCAACCUGAUUAAAUGCAGUGGUUUGCUUAUUCUCUACCUGACACUCAUGCUAUAGAACACACCCAGAACUUGCUGUGUAUAUGUGUGUUUAGGGACUUGAGGUUGCUGUAGGCAGUUGUAUAUGUUUUACAAGACAGCACCUAAGCAUCUUUCCUGUUUGGGGUAAUACACCACUGUGAGACAGGGACAGUGCCAUUUGUUAUAAAAGCUUAAAGUGGUCAGAUACUCCAUCUGUCCCUUACAACUAAGGCACACAGUGCCAUCCAGAACUUUUGAAUCCUGAGUGUAGUGACUCAAAGAAACAAUAAAGAAAUUAGUCUAAUAACAGCAGGAGAAUUAAAAAUCUUAAGUAACUGCUCCUGGUUCCUAACCUUUUUUAUGAGCCUUAUUUAUUUUACUUUCUUGUCCAUUUUGUGAACUAGAAAAUAGCCAGUGUUUGAACUGAUUUACAGCCAAAAUUUGGACUGACAGAUGUUAUAAUUUUAUGAAAAUUACUGCACUAUCUUCAUAUUCAAAAAGUUCACUAUUUGCAGUUUAUUGCAAAUUGUUUUUGCUUCUCUUCAUAAUGCUCUUAGCUAUUUACUACUGCUACUAGUAAGUCUGAUGCAACCAUUCCAGUUGCCUUUAUUAGCCUGUUAAAUGCCUAUAAACCGGAUAUUCCAGAGCAUUAGAUCUGUUUAUAGAGGAGACUUGCCGUGAAGCUCUGAAGGUUCUACAAAAAAUUGCAUAGAUUUCAUGACAUCUAUUUUAAUUGCUCAAUGGAAUUUUAAAUUUCAAGCUUCUCAAAUAUAUUCUAAGUGGUGGUUGAACCUUAGUAUCUCUUAUGAAGCCAUUACUACUACUGGUAGUAAUUAAUAUCUAGUGAGCUAUU